AUGACCGUCACAAUCAGCGUCCACACGGCUCCCGCCUCGCCCUCGCCGGCUCGUGCGGUCCCAGUCAUGAAAAAUGCCAACAAGCGCUGGCCCCCGAUAGCCAACCGCAACGCCCUCCCAUACAAACUCACCGUCAUCUCCAAGGAGAAAUUGGCCCGGGAAGCCACCGCUCCGGACCCGGACCUGCGCCGCUGCGUGGCGCACUUCCGCCUGCACUGUGGCUCGGUCGAGUGGACCGAGAAAGACAUGAGCUCGAAGAUAAGCUCCUUCGAAUUUGAAGACACCGACGAAGAAGACGAGCCGGAAGAGCACAACGAUUCAAAGGACGACUUUGUCGCCGUCGACUUUAAGGACCAGAAUCCCUCCAAUAUGGAGAUCGACGCUGCUCCGCUUCUUCCCUCAACACCACUACCUCCAGCUCCAGAACACUCUCCCGAGAGUGGACUAUUGGAUAAGAGCCCCUGCAUCGAAAUCACUGAGAUCACCUCGAAGCACCUCUGGCCGUCCGGAGGCGGCACAUGCAUCACCGUUACUCCUCUUGUCGGUUAA